CUUGUGUGCGUAACUGGGAUCGAUCAAGGGCAGGGAAAAACAAGGGUUACCUUGUUCUUGCAAGAAUUCAGCAAUUGACAAGGAGAAAUCAAGUUUAAUUGCUGCAUGUUCUAAAACUUCAAACAUCUAAGCAUAUCUAGUAGAUUGGCGUGAAGGAAGAAGGCUCAAGUGCUAAGAAAACGGAAGGUUCACAAGAUCGAGAUGGCUGAUGCAAGCAACGUUAAUGAUGAUGACGAUGUGGCUAGACAAGAAGCGUUCGAGAACAAAGUUACGGAAGUAGCGGAAGGGGUUAUGCAAGCCAAUCUUCCACGGUUGGCUCAGGAGGUAGAAAGCCGAGUUCUGGGGGUUGUGGAUGCUAUGAUGACCAGUAAGAUCGAGGAAUUGAAAGAACUAUUUGAGGGGUCUAGAAGUAAAAGUAAGGAACGACGAUGCACGUAUAAAGACUUUAUGGCGUGCAAUCCGGCAACGUAUGAUGGUAAAAUUGAUCCGAUCGCAUGCCAAAGAUGGAUUUCAAAUAUAGAAGCAGUGUUCAUUCGAAGUCGUUGUGAUAACGAAGAUAAGGUGAUGUUCGCCACCGGCCAACUCACUUUUCAGGCAAAAGAUUGGUGGGAUGCACACAGUAAAGAGAUAGGUGAAGAGAGGCUCCAAACAAUGACCUGGCAGGAGUUUAAGGAUCCUUUCAUGAAAUAUCACUGCCCUCAGUCAGCCAUUGAUAAGAUUCAAGAGGAUUUCUUACGCCUCCGACAGCGAAACGAGACGAUAAAUGAGAUAUCAAACAUUUUCUUGGAUAAGAUGAAGUUUUGUGGAGAGUUUGUGCAAACUGAAAGGAUGAAGAUUAAUCGCUUUUAUGGCGUAUUAAAGGCAGAAUUUAGGGAGUUCAUCACUCCCUCGAAGUGUGAGACUCUUGACGAGCUCAUCAAUCUAGCGCGGGAUAGAGAAAUCGAGAUCAAGAGGCAAGAAGAGCGUGGAGAAAAGAGACCCAAUGAAAAAGGUGGAAGUUCGACCCCGACCAAAAAGGGGAAGUAUCAAGAGCAAGGAAGAAAGGAUAAGUCGAAGAGUGGUAUCACGCCGUGCAAGACUUGUGGAAAACUUCAUACGGGGGAAUGUUUGUUAGGCAAGAAAGGGUGUUACAAAUGCGGUAAGGAGGGACACUCAUCUUAUCAAUGUCCGGGUAGCCCGAAAACUUGUUUCAACUGUUUCGAAAAGGGGCACAUCAAAUCUGAGUGCCCGAAACUCCAGCAAGAGUCGAAGAAGGAAGAUAAGAAACAAGAAGGUUCUAAGGCCAAGGGUAGAAUGUACCAAAUUACAUCCGAAGAAGCCAAGUCUCUCCCGAAUGUGAUUUCAGGCGUGAAGGAAGAAGGCUCAAGUGCUAAGAAAACGGAAGGUUCACAAGAUCGAGGUAAAUCCUCGACUUAGGCGAUUGGACGACUUGGAACGUGCACACAUGGUUUACGCCCGCUUCUCGCUUCCGUUGUUAAGCCCCUUUUUGGAAUGGUUUAAGACUUGGUCUUAUGUAUUUAAGUCUAGUUAGUAUGUUGUCAUCUUUGUCGUAGGGUAAAAAUUUGGUAGAUGGAAAUCAUGUCGUGACCAAUGUGAACUUGUUUGUUUGUUUUGGGUUUUUGUCAGAAAUGUUUAAUGUUUAAGUUUGGUUUGUAAAACAGGUGGUUAAUGAUGUCCAAACGAAUAGGU